GGGUGAGACAGAUCGAGAGACAAUACGCCACCAUCAUGGCCGUGGGCACAUCCUCUUCUAUGCUCGGCGGCGCUUUCCUUCUCCUCGUCCUCUCCUCGGCCACUGAUGUUCACGGCGGGCCAAGCUCCAGCGCCGCGCCACGUUCCCCGCUGGACUACCUCUGCAACAACCUCGGACCUGCGUACGUCGGGGCGAACCUCUGCGUGUCCACGCUCUGCAUCGACCCCUCCUGCCGCUCUACGCGCGGCUUGCCGGGGCUCGCAGUGAUCGCCACCAGGCUGACAGUGUCCAACGCCACGGUGGCCAAGGCGAGCAUCGAGCAUGCGCUCGCCCACGCCAAGGACGACAAGGCCAGGAAGGCCAUGCGGUCGUGCCUCCAGCUCUACACCGGCGCCAUCCCAAGGCUGCAGUGGGCAGCGCGGUCGGCUGCUGCUGGGCGAUAUAGCGGUGUACCGGAGGUGCUACUGGCUGCUAGGUACGUCUCAGAUAAGUGCACCAAUUUGGCCGGCGAGGGGGCACUUCCCAAGGAGAACGUUGAGUUCUUCAUGAUGGCCUUCGUCGCGGAGGCCGUUGUCGAAGGGGUGCAGCUUUUUAUCGGCUGACCAAUGGAUGAAUAACCCGCUUUUCCCCUCGGUAAUAAUAAGAUAAAGCCGCUGUCAAAACUGAAACAACUAUGCAAUGGUGUAUUUGUGGCCGGCCAAUCAAGUCACCGUUGCUUGGUCC